GCUCGCUCUCUCGGUACUUUUAGUAAAAAAACUAAAAAUUUCUUUUCUUAUGUCUCGUGGAAAGGUUUAGAUCGUGUGCCGCGAUGAAGUUGAACGUAUCAUACCCGGCCACAGGAUGCCAAAAGCUGAUCGAAAUCGUAGACGAGCACAAGGUCAGAAUCUUCUACGAAAAGCGUAUGGGCGCUGAAAUAGAAGCUGACUCUCUUGGUGAUGAAUGGAAAGGAUAUGUUGUCCGCAUUGCUGGUGGAAAUGAUAAGCAAGGAUUCCCAAUGAAACAGGGAGUCUUGACCAAUGGACGUGUAAGAUUGUUGCUUUCCAAGGGUCACUCUUGCUACCGACCACGUCGUGACGGUGAACGUAAACGUAAAUCUGUUCGUGGUUGCAUUGUCGACGCUAAUCUCUCCGUCUUGGCACUUGUCAUCGUCAAAAAAGGAGAACAGGAUAUUCCUGGACUUACCGACAAAACUUUGCCCCGUCGUUUGGGACCAAAAAGAGCCGGAAAAAUCCGUAAGCUCUUCAAUUUAAAUAAAGACGAUGAUGUACGUGAGUUCGUUGUCAAACGUCCUGUUCAAAAAGAAGGCAAGAAAGAAACUUUCAAGGCCCCUAAAAUCCAACGUCUUAUUACUCCAGUUACUCUUCAGCGCAAACGUCAUAGGGUAGCUUUGAAAAAGAGACGUUGUCUUCAACGUAAAGAACAAGCUGCUGAGUACGCCAAGCUCUUGGCUCAAAGACAGAAGGAGGCGAAGGCAAGACGUGCUGAAGAAAUUAAGAGAAAACGCAGUGCUUCAAUGCGUGACUCUAAAUCAUCUAGCCAAUCGGCACCUGUUGCUACCAAGUAAAUUUAUCAACGGAUAUUAUGUAUUAAAAAUCAAUAAAAUAACGUUUAUCCGUAA